UGUUUGUGUGAGCUGAUGAUUGUUUGGGUUGUUGUACCGUUUGGCUUGCGUUGGAGGAACAUUGUCGUGUUUUGGCAGGUGGCUCGCCAGCUGCAGCCCUCAGUGAUUUGGAUCGGCGACGCUGAGAAAACAUUCUACAAGAAAGUUCCAAAGCUGGAGAAAGAGAUGGAACCCAAAAGACUAAAGAAAAUCCUGCCGAAGGUCCUAAAAUCUAUUAAACCAGAAGACCGUGUGUUAGUGGUGGGAACGACACGCAGACCUUUUGAUGCAGACAUCAAACCUCUCUGUAAAGUUUACAAGAAGAUCAUUUUGAUCCCUAGACCAGAUUAUGCUUCGAGAUUUACUCUGUGGAAGGAGCUGCUCCAAGCAAGUGGUGCUCAGUUGGGCCCUAAGCUGGACCUGAGCUCUCUAGCUAAAGUUACAGAUGGUUACACUCAGGGUCACAUUCUUCAGGCGAUCCAAACUGUCCUGAACUCUCACCGCCUCAACCAGCAGACCAAAAGACCCCUCACUGCUGUGGAGUUCAUCCCACCUCUUGCAAGGCUAGACCCGGUCUACAAAGAAGAGGAGGAGGCCUUUAAGACGUGGUACGGCCGGACACCUCUGGGCAAAAAAAGGGCUCGAGCGGCCAGGGCCAGCAAGGAGAUGGCAGAUCUCAAGAAAGGGAAAACAAAAGGAGGAAAAUUACAAACAAAAGGAAAGGAGGGAAAGAAGAAAAAGAGAAAGAAAAGGAAGUGAAAACAAUGGGCACUCCAAUCAGACCCUUAAAAAAAUACAGUUGCAGUUCAUUUUCUGGCCAGCAGAGAGCAUCAGCACAUCUCCCAAUGAUAAGUCUACUUCAGUGUUUAAUCCUUUCCUUUGUUUCUCAACUAGUACUUUUUAUGGUAUUUUUUGUUUGGAGAAAAAACUAUUCUACUAAUUAAUUCUACUCAUUCCACAACCAGUUUAUUGGAUUAUUUUGGUUUUCAUCUGUGUGCUCUAUUUUUGGCUAAUUAUGAUAUUUCUUACUUGAAUUAGGUAGCCUAUCUGGUGGGAUGUCUUUUUCCCAUUGGGGGAAAAAAAUAGUUCUGUGAUGAUAGAGUCAGUGUAGCAGACCCUUUUAGUACUGAGAACUUAAAACAUUAUACCUCUAACAAUUUCUCACAAUUGAUACAAGAGCUUGGACACUGUUCCAAACUGUUUGGAUUACCUUCAACUGUAUCACUGUGCAGAGAGGAAACACAAAGAUGGGUGUGUUGUUUAAUAUUUAUUUAGUUUUACUUUAUAAUUUGAUCUAUUAAAAUGUGAUUGUUGAACCUGACUUGAAGUUAGACAGCCAUUAAAGGACAAAACAUGAACCUGAAAUCUUCUCUCUUGUCAAUGUCCUGAAAUGAUGUGCAUUCAGACUCUGAUACAGGAGCCCAUAAA